CCAUAACUAUCAGGAUACAAGGAUCCUCUGGUAAAAGACGUGUGGAAAUAUUACACAAUGGGCAAUGGGGAACAAUCUGUGAUGAUUUUUGGGACAUGAAUGAUGCUAGGGUUGUAUGUCGUCAACUUGGUUAUUUAAAUGCUGUUAAAGCACUUCAAGGGAGAUUUGUUCCUGAUGGCAUUGGAUGGAUAUGGUUAGAUGAUGUUACCUGUACUGGGAGCGAACAAAAUCUGACCAGUUGUUCUCAUGGGGGUUGGGGACGUCAUAAUUGCGGGCACAGUGAGGAUGCCGGAGUUGAAUGUUCUUCAACAG